CACAUACACACAAAAAUGAGGAUUUACAUCAGAAUAAAUUUUUUUCAGGUCAGAUAAAGUGCACAAGUUAACAAAGCCAUGUUUUUUAAUACUUUAAAUACUUUUAAAUAUUGUCAUAAAAAAGUAUUACUGCCCCGAUUCACACACUCAAUAAAUACAUUUCUUCCUUUGUACUUCUUGUUGUUUUUCAAAAAAUUAGCACAUGAGUGUUGGGUUAUGGGUUUGGAUGGAAAUAGUGUACAAUGGUUUACUUGUUGGUAGACAGUGGGAAGUAAUCAGAAAUAUAAUCACUGUAAGUCGUUGCUCACUUCUGUAACACUAAAACCUGAUAAGCAGGAAUCACUAAAAUAUGCCAAACAUGCAGUAACCUUGUUCAACAAGAACUCUGUCAGAUAUUUAUUUAAACAGUGACUAAUGCCAAAUUUAAUGCAAAUCACAGACUCAAUUUUAGUUAUUUCACAAAUUAGCAUUUGAUUCUGUUUUUUUGCCUCUAAAUAACUAUACAAUUGGUUUCAGACACAAGAUGACAGCAAAUAUAAAGAUUUAGUGUCUGCAUUUUCAACUCUCUUUAUGGACCCCUAGACUUGUGCAAAUUAUUAUGAAAACAAACAAACAAACAAACAAACAAUCUUGUUUUUGAGGGUGCCACUUAUAUUCAUUGAUGCAUUAGAGAGGGACAUCAAUCACUGAUGCCUGCAGGAUUUUGGAUAGGCUAGAUUGAAUAUAGGUAGAGCAGUAAUUUUUGUCCUUUUCUUUGAUUUGGCAGUCACAAAGUCCAUCUUCGCUGAUAUUCUAUUCUUGUGUAAAAGAAGUUACACAAGUUGCAGUAGACGAUUAAUAAAGAUUGUGCUUUGACUGUGUUGGUGCUUCUAUGGAACUGUCUGACUUUAUUUCUGCUGAAUAAAGGUCUUUUUUUUUGACACCACAACACUGGAUCCUGAACUUAGUGUUGUUUUGUAUUGUUUGACAUUUAAAACUUUUAUUAAAUUUGUUACUUUUGAUAAUAAUUGGCCAAGACAAAAGUAAACAGAAACUAAAUGACUACUACUAGGCCUGUCAUUUUCUUCCAGACUCCAACACAAAUACAACACAUUACCCUAGACGUUAAACUGAACUUAACUAAGAUGUUAAACAGAAUUUAAGUUUGAAGCGUACUCAGAAUGGAAAUGUGGGAAUGGGGAAAAGGGCCUCUCAAAAAGAACGUACAUAUGAUACAAAAAGUAAUAUGCACUUAAUGUUUACAUGGCUGCGUUUGCAUAAAUCAAAAGUGCUGUUUGAUUUGAACGUCAUAGGACAUUAAACCAAAUACAGACUAAAAAUAAAUAAAGUGUGUACUUUUUGUGUAUAGUCUGUCAGUAGCUUUUUGAGUCUUAAAAUGACUUGAGUACAUUCUGUUGGUUUCUUGCUAUUUAUCAGAUUUCAUUAGAUUGUGUAAAACACCAAUACAGAGAUAAGUAUAUGUGAAAUGUGUAUGUGAUAAGGUAGGAUGAGAAGAGGCCCCGCCCCGUCUGUGCUACUUAAUUGCUCUCUUUCUCUAAUGAACCAUGUUCUGUUGGGCAUCUCUUUAUUCUGCUGUCUGAAUCCACUGUGGCUGGAGGGUCCAAAAUUGUUUUACUGUUUUUAAUGGGUUCAAUCUCAGUCAACACUGUCUCCUGUAAGAAAGGUAUGAGUAAACUUUUCUGGGGCAGAGGGUGAGAAGCAGACGUUAUUGCAAACAAUGUUCAGUUUUCUUAUUAAAGCUUGUGUAUAAUCACAGACAGUCACUUCCAGAUAGAGUUGAGUUGAGUUCAAAUAGCAACAGUUGUGUUUAAGGCUGUGGUAUUAUCCUGAUUUCAUACAAUACUGCAGGUAAAGGAUUUACCCACUUCUGUUUCUAGCAUUUUUGAUAGUGGUUUUUGGUAAAAUAUUUCUUAUUACACUUUGUGAACUUCGAGGAUGGUAGAGGAAUUAAAACUUCCAGUCAAUACUCGAUAGUUACACAGUUUUUGUGUCAGUUUGGCAGCAAAUGAAGUAUUGCUGCCACAAUCACUUUAAUAUGGGAUACUAUGUCUAGGGAUGAUUUCUUUUGCUAAAAUGUUAACAGGCAUUUUUGCAUUUUCUUUUGAACUAUAUUUACUAUGACCAACAAAUAUUUCCACCAGGAGCAUGGAUGAGUUCAUAUAAUCCAGGAGAGAGGUGUUGAGAUUGGCAAAAGGAGAUAUCAGACUGAGCAGAAUUAAUAUUCGAAUGUCAGUGUCACGUGGAUUUGGUGUAAAAACAUGAAAAAACUUGUGGGUGGUGAGGGCAUGUCUUUUUUGGCAAACCAUUGAACAAUCUUUAACCAUGCAACAUCAAGUUAAAGCCCCUUAAUCACCAAAUGGUGCAAAAUAAUGCAAUUUGCUUAAAGCAUAACAUGAACAAGUGCAAACAAUGAUCUUUAAACAGUGUAGUAAACUAGUAAGCAGAACCAAUCCUGCAACCUUCAUGUCAAAAACAGAAACAAAAGCAACGUUUCGAAAAGUGUGCAAAAUUGCUGUUUGCUUUUUAUUGCUGAUGAGGAAAUGCAUGAUGAGUGUGAGUGCAAUGCACAAUGUUAUCUUAGGGCAAGGAUGCUGUGCUUCUGGUAAGCUUUUUUUUUUUUUUUUGUGUGAGAGAAGGACGCAAACGGCUGCCUCCCCCAUUGCUCUGUUUGGCGUCUGCUGAGGAAAUCUCACGCACUGAAAUCAAAGGGGUUUGCAGGUUGAGCUUGCAGAAGAGGGUUGGAUCAUGCUUUUUUCCCCAUCCACCUGAAACAGUGUUUGCACAUGGCAAUUUUCUACAGGCUCAUUAGUUAUGGAGGUCCUAAUAUUAGCCCUUUUGACUUGCCUAACAAACCCUGUGACAUCUGAGUUUUUAUUCAUAGUAGGGUGAUGGAGAAGGGCUGUGGAUGAGGAGACACUUGCAGAUUAUCGCUCACUAUCUGGGAUAUCAUGAACAAUGGACCAGGUCGUCCCUUCCAUAUAAGCCUUGCAGUGUUAUAUUGGAAAGCGUAUGUAGCAGCUGGUCAGGUGGGGCGCAGCGCUACACAUUAUGGUGGUACUACAUGCCUAUCAGGCAGAACUUUUAAAAGAAGCAGAUAAAGGACUCAACACAGCAGGAGGCAGAUGCUACAGAGUGACUGCAGUGUGUGUGUUGCUGCUUUGUGUUCUCCUGCUAAUUGCCGUUACAGUGCUGUGGGUCAAAUUCAUCAACCUCUCUAUAGAAAAAGACCAGUUAAAGACCAGUUACAACAACCUGAUUUUAAACAGAGACCAGUUACAGACCAGUUACAACAGCCUGACUUUAGAGAGAGACCAGUUACAGACCAGAUACAACAACCUGACUUUAAACAGAGACCAGUUACAGACCAGAUACAACAACCUGACUUUAAACAGAGACCAGUUACAGACCAGAUACAACAACCUGACUUUAGACAGAGACCAGUUACAGACCAGAUACAACAACCUGUCUGCAGAGAGAGACCAGUGUCAGUAUAGUAGCAUGAAAGAUAAAGAGCUUGUUAAAGAAGGAUGGAGAGUCUUUGGCACAAGUGCUUACCACAUCUCUACUGAAAAGAAGAGCUGGGCUGAGAGCAGACAGUACUGCAGAGAGAAAGGAGCAGACCUGGUGAUUAUUAAAAGCAGAGAGAAUCAGGAGUUUAUUAUUCAACAAAUUGGCAAAGAUUAUCAGCUGUGGAUUGGUCUCAGUGACAUAGAGACAGAGGGAAAGUGGAAAUGGGUGGAUGGGACAGAGCUGACCAGUGGCACAGGGUUCUGGUAUAAUGGGGAACCAAGUAAUUCAGGUAAUAAUGAGCACUGUGCUGAGAUGUGGAAGUUUCCAGAUAAGAUGGCCUGGAAUGACAGACCGUGUUCUGAGCAAUCAAAGUGGAUCUGUGAGAAAAAUUUAUUAUAAAAAUGACCAUUUUUGGACAGACACAAAAUAAAUUAUUACAUGCCUUCCAACCUAUUUAAUGUAUGUAAUAAUUAGAAAGAGCUAUUUAUCUUGUAACACUUUCACUAACCUGCUCACAACAUGUUACUUUACAUUUUACAUCACAUUUCAUACUUUAGAAUCCUUACAUACUUUUUUAUAUUUUGUAAGAUAUGAAUAGUUCACUGAUUUAACUGCACAAUAAAAGAACUACUUUA